AUGGCUACUAUCGAAAACAAUCAAUCACAUGACAUCAAAAACGAUUCUUCGUUGGAAUGUGGAAAAAACGAUCCUUCGUUGGAAUAUGAAAAAAAUGAUCCUUCGUUAGAAUACGCAAAAUCAGAAAAAUCGGGUCAAGAAAAUACUACUUCAUUAAGUGAUCCAAUAAAUUGGCCGAAAAGGAAAAAACAUUUCAUCUUAUUCAUUAUUGCUGUGACAGGAUUGAUCGCUCCUAUUUCUAGCACAAUCCUUUUACCGGCUGUUAUCAAAAUUGGGUCUGAUUUAAAUACUUCUCAACCACUUGGGUGGGCCUCAUAUUCUGAUGUUCGUGAAACAAGGCGUAGGGUCUACUUAGUGUCCCUUGCAAUAUACGUCGUUGCUGGAAUAAUAUGUGCUAUAUCGAAUAAUAUUUGGUUAUUGUUGGUUAUGCGUUCUCUUCAGGCUUGUGGUGGUUCUUCCGUUCAUAGUAUUGGCGCUGGAACUAUAAGCGAUGUAUUUAUUAAUACUGAACGUGGACGCGCUUUUGGUUGGUUCUAUUUAGGUCCUUUAAUAGGUCCUAUCCUCGGUCCGGUAAUAGGCGGUUAUAUAACUCAAUACCUUGGUUGGAGAUUUAUUUUUUUGUUUCUGUCAUUAUAUGGUGGUAUCAUUUUUGUCUUCAUAUACUUUGCUCUUCCUGAAACUUUUCAUCGCGUUCAAUCGUCACUUCCCACUGCUUCAUCUCCUAAAAAGCGGUUUAAUCCUUUCUCUUCACUUGCUUUACUUCGUUAUCCAAACUUAACUUUGACUGUAUUUUACAUAAGUGCUGUUUUUUCUGUGAUAUAUAUCCUGAAUACUCUUAUUCCAAGAACUUUUUCUUCAAAAUUUAAUCUGUCCACUUCUAACAUCGGUCUUGUGUUUCUUUCUCCUGGUCUUGGAUACUGGUUGGGAAGUGUGGCCUCUGGGUGUUAUUCAGAUUUCUUAUUGUCUAAAAUUAAUGCUAGAUAUGGUGAUAUUUAUCCGGAAAUGAGAAUAAACAGUGUUUGGUUAGGUUCUGCGUUAGUUCCAGUUUCUCUUUUAGGCUACGGAUGGUCGAUUGUGAAGAAUGCUCAUAUUGUUUUUCCUAUAUUGUCAUUGUUUUUUUUCGGAUUCGGUACAUUAAUAAUAUUUAAUUGUAUGUCGACAUAUUUAGUUGACGCUUUUCCUGGUCGAAGUGCUUCAGCUAUAGCAGUAAACAAUUUUUUCAGAUAUAUGGCUGCUGCAAUAACGGCUAUUAUUUCGAUACCAGCUGAAGACGCGUUGG